CUGCCAAUAAAUUGUGAGUCCUGUAGGACAGGCACGAUUCCAUUCGCCUGUAACACGUGUUUCUUGUAUUCACUGAAUCGUGAGAGGCUGGGCGCAGGGACACAUUUGGGGCUGGUUAGGCUACCAUGUGGCCGCCAGCGAAGCUCCAGCCUCCGGGCGCGAGCAGCCUGGGCUCAAACAGACUCCCUCAGAAUUUCUCCAGGAAACCGUCGGGUGGGUGGAGAUGGGCGCUCCGUCCAGCAGCGCCCUUCCAAUCUGCUGUCCUGUUUGAGAACGUCGCCUUUCCUUCCCGGAAAUGAGCCUUAAUGCAGCUAAGGUUGCGCCAGAGGCGGCGCCCGGGCGGGAGGCGGGGCAGGAACCGGGGCCCGUAGCGCAGGGGCCGGAGGCGGGGCCGGGGCCGGACUCGGAGAGCUGGCCGCAGCCGCCGGCAGGGCCCGGCUCCGAGCCUCUCCCGGCUGCAGAGCCCGAGCCGGAGCCGGUCUCGGCGUCGGGUCCGGGACAGGAGCUCGAGCUGGGCUGGGCUGCGGGGCAGCGCGCAGGGGCCCCGCCGGAGUCGCAGCCUCUGCCGGCGUCGGAGUCUGAGAACGGAGUGUCCGAGAGGCCCCGCUGCCACACCGACUGCCUGGAGGUGCCGCUCUCCCGGGCCUUCCGGCGGCUGGGAUGGGAGGUGGGCUCGCACCCCUGGAUCUUCUUUCUGCUGCCCAUGGUUUUAACGGCCGUCCUCGGCGCUGGCCUGAUUCACCUGCCCAAGGAAGAAGAAGACGUCGAGGAGCAGUACACCCCGAUAGGGAGCCCCGCCAAGGCUGAGCGACGCUUCGUGCAGGGACAUUUCACCGCCAACGACUCCAAUCUCUUCUCCAUCGCCAGGAAGAGCACCGGGGUCAAUUAUGCUUCCAUUCUAGUGGUCUCCAACACCAACUCGCUGCUGGAACAAGAAAUCUUAUCAGAAAUUAGUGAAGUGGACGACGCGGUUCAGGCUUUGACUGUGACACAGGCAAACGGAACCCAGAUCCUCUACAAUGAGGUGUACUCGAAGAACCAGGGCUACUGUGUACCCUUCCACCCACUCUUGUUCGCCUGGAAAACGAACAGUGUCCUCAACCUGAAAAACAUCACCUUCCCCAUCUACAGCCUAGCCGGCCAGGUCGUGUACCUGGCCAACAUCCUUGGAGGAACUGUGUUAGGCGAGAGCAUGGGACUGAGCCAGUUACUCCUGGAGGCCAAAGCCAUGCGGCUGCAGUACUACCUGAAGACUGGCGAAGGAGAGGACAGCGAACGCAGCAAGGCGUGGCUGAUCCACUUCCUGAACCAAGUUGGCAACCUUGAAAAGAGUCUGGCCUUGAAGAAGAUCCAGAUGGUCUACUUUACAUCACUUUCUAGACAACUGGAAUUUGAGCCAACUUCUAUGACAGUGAUCCCCUUGUUUCACUUGGCAUACCUUCUAAUCAUAUUAUUUGCAAUCACAUCAUGCUACAGGUGUGACUGUAUACGAAACAAAAUGUGGGUUGCAGCCUUUGGAGUGAUUUCUGCUGCCUUGGCAGUGGUGAGUGGCUUUGGCCUGAUGUUGUACAUUGGGGUGCCAUUUGUGAUCAUAGUUGCAAAUUCACCAUUUCUUAUUCUAGGUGAGUAAAACAAAACGUGAGGCUGCACAUUGUGUGUGUGGGGGUGUGGGGUGGAUAAUGGAAGGGGAUUGUGUAGAUUAAGCAGAAUAAGUAUGUUUAGGUGGCUCUACAGGUCCAAAAUGGGGUAUCAGGAAAGAAGAAAAUCAGAUGGAAUUCUGAGUCUUUAGAGUUAGAAAAAUCUAGUACCCCAAAUGGA